GGCCAUUCAUUAAAAGGUAAAUACCGUUGCCGCCAUUUCCUCUGAUUUGAAUUUCGAGCAAAAGUAAAGCAAUUUUGGGGCUAUUUCGUGCUAUCAUCCUUCCUUCUCCUACGUUACUCCCAUUCGAUCCUAACACAGCAUCGAUUUCGCAGUUCUGAUUAACGAUCAUCGGCGUCGAGUUUGUUGUGCGAAUUUUUUGUUCGGGAAAAAUAAAACUCGAAUUGCAGGUAAAACCUAAGACUUUUGAAAAUUCUAAUUUGGUAGUGUACGGACUCUUUGUCUCGAAGCAAAUUGGCGGACGUUUUCGUAAUUUAUAGUCUUUUUUUUUCCUUUUUAAUGUUUUAGUUGCAUAAGUUUACUUCUGCAUCAUAUAUAGGAUCAGUUUGGCAGACUAGAGUUAUGAUUUUUUUUUUUUUUUGAAUUGUUUUUAGUAAUUCUGAAAUGGCUUUUGGAAGAAGCCGGAUUUUGCAGCGACUCUCAAAAGGCAGAAUAUAUAAAAGCAGAUUCUGAAAAAUUUAAGAAGAUUUGAGAAAGCAAUGCCAAACUGGGUUUUAAGCAAUUUAUGAUAGUUACAGUCGGCGAUUCUUAUGAACUCAAUUUGAUACAUAUAGAGCUUAUGAAUUAAUCCAGAUAUGUUAUGUGAUGGAGUCUCAUAUUCAAGGUUGAAAUGAGAUGCAACGCGUGCUGGCGCGAACUUGAAGGCCGAGCUAUUUCCACUACUUGUGGUCACCUUUUGUGCACUGACGAUGCCAGCAAGAUCCUUAGUAAUGACGCAGCCUGUCCAAUUUGUGAUCAGGUGCUCUCUAAGAGCCUUAUGAAACCUCUGGAUAUCAAUCCAAAUGAUGAAUGGAUUAAUAUGGCCAUGGCUGGAAUUUCUCCUCAAAUAUUAAUGAAGAGUGCAUACAGAAGUGUGAUGUUUUAUAUUGGGCAAAAGGAACUAGAGAUGCAAUACAAGAUGAACAGAAUUGUAGCCCAAUGCCGGCAAAAAUGCGAGGCCAUGCAAGAAAAAUUCACAGAAAAACUAGAGCAGGUGCAUACAGCAUAUCAAAAAAUGGCCAAGAGGUGUCAGAUGAUGGAACAGGAGAUUGAGAGUUUGUCCAAGGAUAAGCAGGAGCUCCAAGAUAAAUUUUCUGAGAAAUCAAGGCAGAAGAGAAAGCUUGAUGAAAUGUACGAUCAAUUAAGGAGCGAGUACGAAUCAAUGAAAAGAUCAGCCAUUCAACCAGCCAACACUUUUUAUUCAAGAAAUGAGCCUGACUUUUUCUCUAAUCCAGCAGCUAAUUUGAUGGAUAACAGAGACCCUAUCCGAAAAGGGCCUAAGGAGGAUGUAUGGCCAGCAAGACAGAACAGUUCUAAUUCCGGUCCCUUUGACAUCUCUGGUGGCUCACCAGCAAAACAAGCAGCCAUUCCUGUUGAUGCUGGAAACAGGAGGACUGGAGGCCACACUGCAUUCGGAAGUGGAUCUGGCAACACAUCAAUGACAUUAAGGAAUUUGAUUCUCUCCCCAAUAAAGCGGCCUCAGCUCUCUCGCAGCCGCCCUCAGAUGUUCACGCUGUAAGCUUCUAGUAAAUGUUUUACAGUUUGAUGCACCAAUAAUUCUGCAUAUUUUGUCUAGUCACAAGGAUUCCGUUCUUUUGUUUCCUGCUUUUUCCCCUCCUGGAUUUAAUGGACAAAAAAGAACAAGAAAGCACUACUGUUUAAAUUCCAGUUCCUUUGUUGAUAUAAGAGGAACAUAUGUAAAAAUAGUCAGUGAGUUGUGUCUGUAAUUUCUGAAUGGGAUUAAUGGAGAACCCAGUGAAAGUUUACAGUCAUCCUACUGCUUCAGUAUAUCACAAAGCAAUGUACAGAUGUAAAGAAGCUUAAAAAGCUGGAAGUUUUCAAGAACAGCAUGGAAAUCUUUGCACACCAGCUUUGCAAUUGAAGCAUCCUCUGCAUUGUGGAGCUUUUGGACUUGAGAAAUUCAUGUCUUGAUGUGAUACAAAUCAUUUUCAGUUUGAAUACGGAGUGUACAGAUCCUAUUUUAAACUUGAUUGUAUCAUGGUAACAGGGGAGUAUCUUCUUCACUUUGUCUAAUUGGCUCAACAAUUCAGCGAUUUAAGCCGAACCAACUAAAGAAAGAUCUGCAGUGUAUCAUACUUUUUCCUUACAUGGCUCGGUGUAUACGAUACAUUAAACCGUUCGGUGAACAAAAAAGUUUUAGCAGUAAACCAACUGAAAA